ACGUGCGCCAGGGUCACGAGGCGUAGGCCAUGGCAACGGAAUGGUUAUUUAUGUGUUUUGUACCCGUUUGGGCAUGAUAUUCAUCAUAACUGUCCCUAAAAAUAGUUAACAUUCUUCCUAAAGAUUAAUUCAUUGUUUUGAAUGCUUUGAUGCCAUCGAAAAUCAGGAUUGUUUCGGAGGGAUACGCUCGGUAUCGUGAUGGUAAGAAGUGGAAGAAACGUUACUGCGUGUUGUCACUCUCACCAACUACUCCAGACGCUUUACAUUUAUACAUCACUAAAAGUUACGAUGAUUUUGCAGCUUAUCGUAAUUCAGGUUCAGUGCUUACUGCAAUGCUUCCAGCUGUUCGCAAAUUACAUGAAUUGCCGAUUUCUCCAGAAUCCCGUGCUUUACUUAGUGAUACUCCCAAUAUUAUACAAAGAUCAUCUGAUCACAAUCAUAUCUUAUCAGUUUAUCAAAAUACUUUAACUUCUCAAUCCUCCACAUUAGCUAAUUACUGUUCACCAAUUACAAAUUCCAGUGGUCCACUAAUUAAUACUGCAGCUCAUUCUUAUAACACUGCUUCAGGGAACACUUUAUCAGGACUUGCAACAGCAUCAAAUUUAGCAUCAAGUGUUGGUGGUCCAGCACCUGUGGAUGAAAUCACAGGUUUUGAAAGUGGUUAUCAUAUGGAUAAAGAAUCAAAUAUUAUAGUCUUAAUUGGUGGAUCAUCUGUUUAUGCAUUAGCUCUAGCCGGUAUGGAUGAAAUGUUCUGUUGGGCUGAUAACUUAGCUCGUAUCGUUGUUGACAAUCGAUUUCGAGUCACAUUACGUCAUACUGGUGAUGGUAGUAAACUAUUUCAAGGUCUUCAAGGCAGUUUACAUGUACAACAUUGGCGUCUAUGUUUAGUAGGUGAACCGUCGACUGGAUGUAAAUUUAUUUGUAACUGGCGAUUAGAUCAUGUUGAUAAAGCAUAUACAAUGACAAUGCCUGCACAAACUGCAAAUCAAUUUUUAUCAAACAAUAGUAAUAUUAACUCCACCAAUACUUCCACCACUACUACUACUAUUACUACGAGUAAUUCUACGACAGGAAUCACCAAUAAUUCUACAACAUAUGUUUCAACAAAUUUAACAACAACAUCUGCCUCUUCUAUAUCUUCAUCUUCGUUUAAUACUGGUAAUCCACUGAAUUUAGAUCAUCACAGAACUGGAUCACGAACUGGAUUAACAACAAUAUCUACAGUACCAACAACAUCAACAAUGAUAACAUCACCAAGUACUAAUGCUUUCAAUAAUCCAAACAAAUAUUUGUUUUUCAUGGAAUGUAGUCCAGCUUCAGGAAAAGGUCGUGGUUCGUAUAUUUUUGAAAUUGAUGGUAGCCGAUUAGUUGAGUUAACAAUAGCUAUUGAACAAUUCACUGCAUUACGUUAUAAUCCAAAUUUAAAACCGGCUACAUGUGCAGAAGCGUCUCAAUUAACUGUUACAGCUCAAUCAAAUUUAGGUACAACAAAUUUUGGAACAAUUGAUCGUUGUAAUAAAAAUGAUAAUUUAUUUCAUAAUAGUAACCCUCCAAUAUGUACAACAAUGCAAACUAAUAUUGGUAACAGUACAAUUGAUGAUUUAGGUAUUGCAUCAUCAUCAUUCUCAUCAGAUACAAGUAGUAAUCCACGAUCUGUCUCUCCAACACAUCAUCAUCAACAACAACAGUUAACAAAAAGACGUAGUCGUGAUAGUAUUUUUAAUCCUUUACGAAAAAUAUCAUCUGGACAUCAUAAUUUUAAUUUAUUUAAAACAAAUGAUUAUCAAUCGUCAACAAUAGAUCGUCUUUUCAGUAAACAAACUAUGUCACAAUUCAUGAUUACUACUGCCACCAUUACUACUACUACUACUACUACUACUACUACUACUUCUACUAUUAAUACUGCUGCUACAACCACUUCCAGUACUGAACAAUCAUCAGUUCCUGUAUUACAUUCUAAAUGUAGUUGGAAUUUCCAAAGAACAUCAUCUUUAUCGCCUCCAGAUAUGAUUGUAAAUGAUUCCAUAUUGGAUAAUUAUAAUCCUAAUUCACUGUCAAGAUGUGAUCGUUUACAUCAAAAUAGUUUUAAAGAACAAUUUAAUCUUAGUGGUGGUGGUGGUGUCAGUGUUGUUGCUACAACAAUUGGAGUAACAACUACUACGAAUCAUAAUAGUAAUAUUCAAGAGGGUAACAAUAGUCCAAUUGAAAUUAUGAAUUCAUUAAAUAAAACGUCGCAUAAUGUUAGUGAUUUCAGUACAGUAUCUAAUCCUGAUCAAUCAGUUAUGUCUAACAGUAAUAAUAAUAACAAUCCUCUUACUUCAUUUAUAUGUUCAUGUUCACCAUUAUGUAAUACUGGGACUAAUAAUAAUAAUACAUUCCCAAUAUCUUCAUCGUCUCGUUUAGUUGAUGAUGUGAAUGUAUUAUCUUCAUCGUCUUCUUCCUCAUUAAUGAUUGGUAAUGAUAUAAUUGAGAAUAUGUCUGAAACGAAUUAUUUCCUUGAUGAUAAUAUACAGGUAGCUAAAGUUGCAGCUGGUUUAAUUAUUUCUAAAAAACCACCUUACUAUCAUCAUCAACAACAACACUGCAGUGGAAGUGGUUAUCCUACACGGAUUUCCGGAUUAACACCAGCUAGUACAAUUUUUGCCGGCGUUUCUAAUAUGACUAAUACUACUACUAGUACUGUUUGUGGUGCUGUUACAACUGGUAACUGUAAACAACCACUACCAUCAACAGUACCUUCAUUUCGUGUUUCCUCUACAACUUCAACUCGUCAUCAUCAACAUACUCAUCAUCGUUUUAUUUUCGAUGGUCCUAAUUCUAGUGGUAAUCAAUCAUCGAGUGGAUGUUCUACAACUGCAGUUCUUCCAUCAGUUCCUAUUCCAUCUAUUGGAACUGAUUCUGGUAUCAAUAUUCAUAAUUUUAUGCAUAGUUCAUUAUCAUCAUCUUCCAGUGAAUAUAAUCGUACACAACUUUACCCUGAAUCUUUAUUACCUAAACAAAGACAAUAUUCACAACAAUAUCAUAAUAGUUUAUUGAAUUUUAUUUCAUCUUGUCAAAUCUCUGAUUCACUGAAUACAUCCACUUCAGACUUAAAUUGUUCUACUACUACUACCUCAUCUUCAGUGGAAUCUACUUUAGAUCAAGUUGAUAGUAAUAAGAAUAUUUGUAAUACUGAUAAAACUAUUACUAAUACCACUACUAUUACUACUGGUUGUAGUAAUACUACCACUACAACUUCUGUUACAAGUAACCGCAACUCUUCUAAUCAUGAAAUAUUUACAGCAGAUGAAGACUACUGGGAUUUACGUGAUAGUAGUAAUUGUCAUCAUAAAUCAAUUCAGUCAUCAAAAAUGGAUUCAACUAUAGUUGGUGUUACAGAUACAUCAAAUAAAUCUGAUAAUCUCUGUGUUAUGCCUGGUACAAUUCCAUCUGAUUCUGUUGAAUUGCAGACAUGUACAGAAUCACCAUCUAAUCCAUGUGAACUUAAUCGGUUUACCAAUACAUCAUUUGUUUAUCCUCACUUCUAUUUGUCAUCAAUUGAACCUAGUCAAUGUAUUUACCGACAUCGAUUACAACAAUAUCGAGUUUGUAAUUGUAUAUCAUUACUUCGACGAUCACUUUCUGCGAAUUCUAACAUUCAAUUUAUUGAUUUAUCAAAUAAUGAUCUUCAAAUUGUUAAUUAUCGUCCAUCUUUAACAUUAAGAACUAUGUGUUCAUUCGACAGUUCUAUUGUUUCUCGUAGAAAAACUAUAGAUGAUAACAGUUUGGUUGAGAACAAUACUGCUGCUACUGAUCGCGAUUCAAAACUUUGCAGGACUUUGCGAUCAUUUAGUACUAAUCCCCAUAUCUCUGUUCAUUCCUCGCUAUGUAAAUCUUUUUGUGGAGGUCGUUUUCAAAAAAUUCACAGAUUAUUUCAUCGUAAACAACAUUCUCAAAGUCAUGAUAACCUUCAAUAUGGAAAAACUUCAAUGGAUAGAUCAGAACUUUUAAACGAUAUGGAUUUCGACGCACAACUAUGGGAUGAAGUGAAAUCUAAAAAAAAUUUAUGUACAAAUAUACCAUCAUGGAAUUGUACCAAUGAUGAUGCUGAUACAAAUGAUACACAUGAAAAUCGUUUCGAUAGAAAUCUUGAUCUUUCGUGUCGAAUCUUUAUUUGUCCACGCCAUGGUGUUCAAAGUCUUCACUGGAACUUUAGUAGUGAUGAUGCUCAACAACAUAUUUCACGGUUAAAUACUAGCAGAAAAGACAGUGUUCCUCAGUCUAAGAAACUUUUAAAAUCGACAUUAAUUAAUCAAAAGCAUUCAAAAGUAUCAACUCUGCCACCUCACUUUUUAAAUCCUAUCGCUUUACCUCGACCACUAUCCUUGGUACGUUUAACGACAGAAAAAUCAAAAUAUUAUUGUAGAAAAAGUUCUGAACAUUAUAUAAAGAACAAAGAAUCAAAAGUUACAAAUUCAAACUUCGACGAAGAAAGUAAUGAUGGUAAUAAUGAUAUUACUUCUUUAAUCAUAGAUGUAACAAGUUCCCACACACUUCCUAAAAACAAAAUUUCUCAUUCAUUACUACCAUCACAUACAACUAUCUCUUCAACUAUAAUCAAUCAACUAUAUACUUAUUCUCCAAAUAAUAAUAAUUAUUACUAUUAUGCACCGAUUAGUAAUAGAUGUCCAUCUUUAAUAUCAUUAAAUUCCUCACCAUGUUCUGAACCAUGUUUAUCUAAAAUUAAUUUGAUCCAUUCAUUAUCAUCAUUCAGUGUAGAUUAUAAUCAUGAUUUAUCAUUAAACAACAACACUUCGAAAUCAUUCAAUAAUUCUCAACAUUAUGAAUCAUUAAUAUCAUCUUUAUCCUUAUCACAAAAUAUGAAAGAAAGAAAUAAUAAUGAUAGUAUGUUAUCAGAUGUACAAAAAUCAUGUCAAUCAGAGAUAAUGACUGGCGGCAGCUCAGUAUUAUUAUCAUCGCCAUCCUCAUCACCACCAAUACCAUCGACUGACUUGAAAUAUCAUCCAUUGUUCCGUGAUAAUAAUACUGUUGAGAAAUCUUUAGUUGGCUCUUUAUCUAACUAUUGUGAUGUUGAAUUUUUAAAUGAAUUACGCUUGUAUUUGUUACGCAUGAAUUCUCACCAUAAUGUUAUUGGUAAUAAUAUUAUACCUGGUCUAAUUGAAUCUUCUCAACAGAGAAAGCAAAACGUUAGUGAUAAUGAUACUGUUGGCGAGAAUGUUACAUGUAUACGCGAUAUGCAUCACGGUAGUAAUGAUGAUUCUGACAUAUUACAACUAUCAUUACAUUCUGAUAAACAGACACAAUCCCUUUCAUCAUCCGCCUCCUCUUCAGGAGGACUAACAACAACGAAAAGUAGUGAUAUUACCUGGUCUAAAGCACUUUAUGGAAACAGCCUAAUCGAUAGCAAUAUCAAUGAACCUAAUUAUUCCACAAAUCAACUGUCUUGUAACAGUAGUACUAGUAAUAAUAGACAAUCUUAUCUAUCUAAAUUGUUUGAUCGUUCUAUUAGUAGUAAUGUUAAAUCAUUAUCUCCAUCAAUUUUCUCUCCUACAAUACGAGCAAAUACUUUACCAACUACAAGAAUUCUUCGUCAACAAUCAAUUAAUCAUAAAAAUACUUGGAAUAAUAGUAAUACUCAUCUCAUUUGUGUUAAUUCAUCAAAAGUGGAUACUACUAAUCAAGAUAUUGUUUCCAACAGUAACAGUAUUAGUAGUACCAAUCAAAAAGUCAAUAAUCGCUUACAUUUUUUACAUCGUUCUGACCGUCAAAAUUCCACUGUGCAAGAUAGUCAUCAUCAUUUUAAAAUAAACACUACUAUCAAUAGUGAUAAAUUAAAUAAUGUAUUAACUCGAAAGUUUUCUCAUCAAUCAGAAAUUGAUCAUUUCUCUCGUAUCAUAACCACAAAUACCUCUAGCAGUAACAAUAAUAAUAAGAAUAAUGUCAACAGACGAUCUAGAAAGUCCAAUGUACAACCUAAUGAUAAAUCUACACUUUCCAAUUAUAAUGUUGAACAACAAAUACCUGUUGAAUAUCCUGUUUAUAAUAAUUUGAUUGAAUUACGAGAAAGUGCUCGUUCUCUGAGUAACGAUGGUGUUGGUAGUAUGUUGACUCAUGGUUUAAAGUCGAUUCCAUCCCUUCAGUCCUCGGUUAUAACAUCAACAUCUGGAAGCCUACAAUCUGAGUCAUCAACUAUCAAUGAAGAUAAUAGUUAUCAUCAUCACCAUCCCAAUCAAUCUACAACAGCCAAUUAUGUUAAUUUACCAAUGUUUUGGUCUAGUAAUCAGUCUACUACUACUACUACACCUUCGUCAAUGUUUUCUAGGUCGUCCGCAUCAUUUCAACGACAACAUUCUACUGAUGUGACGACGACGGUAACAACGACAAUAGAGCCUCGAUUGUAUGCAAAUUUAAUGCCGUUCAAUACUACCGGUAAAUAUCAAUCAGUUAAAAAUAAACAGCAACACAAUAAAACUGACUUCAGUUUAUUGUCCAAAAAUCAUAUUCGUUAUAGUGGUGUUGGUACUCCUCCCUCUGUGGCUGACUGUACUGGUAAUAGUAGUAGUAGUAGCAAUAGUUCAUUAAAUGGCGAGUCACAACUGCCAUCAGGUGUUAUAAUUGAUCAUAAUUCAAAAAUUAUGGAUAUAUCGAAUAAAUCUCAUUUUCUGGACCCUACUUCAGUAAUUAAUUUUAUCCCUACUACAACAUCAACAAUCCCUCAAUAUUGUCCAGUAGCAGUAGUAGCGAGAGCACGAGCAGCGGAAAAUUUACCCAGCAACUCUGAUUAUUCGAACCUACCUGAUGAGGUCCGUGAUCCUAGUCGGAAUUAUGCUAUGGUGGAUUUACGACCUAGUCCAGCAAGUUCCACUAUUCCACCUACAGAAUUAACACUGAACAUAAUUCAACAUCAUAAUGAUCACCGUACUGGUCAAUUUACAACCUGUAACAGUAGUAGUACUAGUACCGGCAGUAGUAGUAGUAGCGGUGAUUGUACGAGUGAUGCAGCCACUCUAACAUCGGAUACUAUUGAAAGUUACGAAACUAUUGGUGCUUCUAAUAAUAACAAUUCAUAUAAUAAUAAUAAACUAAACAAAUUGAAAGCAAAAAAUUCAGUUGAUACCGACUCAUAUAGCGGUGGUUGUGGUGAUGAUGGCAACUUAUUGACUGGCUCAAUUUCUUCAUCACGUCGUAGGCACAGUCAUAGUUUAUCAUCCGUAACUACAACAGACCAUCCAUCAAUUCUACUGAAUUAUAUUCAUGUUAUCGCUGCAUCUAAUAGUCGUUUUACAUCGAUAACUACAACUGCCGAUGGUACAGUUCAAUUAUCUGGUCCAUGUUCUGUAGGUGAUUCUAAUCAUAACCAUAAUAAUAAGAGUUUAAUUUGCGAUUUCGGCAAUUCACCUAAUUCAUCGAAUGGUAGUAGUAGUGGUCUUGGAGUUACAUCAUCAUCGUCAUCAUCAUCGCAAUCAACUGGAUCUUCUUUAGUACCUGUUUCGUCAACUUCAUUUGGUGAUACUUUUUCAUGCCGUUCUAUGACAUCAUCUGGUAUUUCUUCAGUAGAAGGUGGUGGUGUAGUUGUUUCAGACAUGGUAGAACUAUCCAGUUCUUCGCCACCUGAUGAAAAUUGUGUCAACUAUACACAAAUUGAUUUUGCACGUACAAUCGCACUAGGCGAAUUAUCUGGUGAUAUUAUGGCUCAAGAAAAUCAAAUGUUGCAUAAAUUACCUUCCACUACAACUGGCAUACGUAUUGCUAAUCGAUGGAGUAGUAGUAAUUCAAAUAAAAUUGAUCGUACUACGUCUGUUAAAAAAACAUUAUGUCGUUCUAUACGUCUGAUUGGUCGUGGAACCCGUAAAAAAGUUGGUUGAUUUGUAGGUGAGAAGAAGGAAAAGCAACCGAGAACUAUGUGUAAAUUCAGCUAUUUGUAGUUUACAUGUUGUUCUGUUGUCUUUGGACAGAUGGUGCGCUAUUUUUUUUAUAAAGAACUUUUAUUAAAAUAGUAAUAUAGUGUUGGAUAGAUACUAUGUGCAAUUUGUCGAGGCUCUCUCUCUCUCUCUGUCUGUUGUCUGUCUCUGUUACCGGAUCCUUCUUAUCAACCUUAUGCAUGAAUGAAAAUGAGAUAGUAUGUAAUUUAGUGAUAGGUUGUCUGUCAUCUACCUGCUCAAAUUUUAUCCUUUCAUCAUUUUGUUUACUUAUGAAAAUUGACUUUUAUUUUUUAGUGAUUAUUUUUCAUUGUUCUCUUCCACGUAUAAACAGAAAUGUAUAUCCAAGUUAUUAUUACCACUACUACUAAAUAUUAUUAUUUCAGUAGUGUCAAACUAGAUUUUUACAUACUCUGUACCAUUGUUAGUUCUUGUCCUGUUCGACUAUGUGCUAUAUAUAUAUAUAUGCGUGUUUGUCCUCACACAUACUGCUUUUUUAAAAUAAUCUUUGUGUUUUCCGUUCCUGUUUACCUCAUGUUUUUAGUUGUUUAAAAUGUCCUCAUGUUUAUGUAAAACUAUUUUCUUAAGACUCUAACACUUACCACAGCCACACAUUGCUUUGCCCAUACAUGCUUGCAUAUAUACACAUGUGUACAUGCAUUGUUUUACAUUUAUGUUUUCUUUCUUUUAUUUAUGCUUUCUCUGUUAAAUUUCCAAGAAAAACGUAUUUCUUAAUCUUAGUUUUUGACUUACAUUUAGAUCAUAUUUAUGUAUACGUGCGCGUGUGUCACCUUAACCGUUUCGGUUGCCUGGCUCCUUUUUUCCUCUUUCAAUUAACCAUUUUAUUCACAUUAUUCUCUAUGUGCAUGUUUUUUUUCUAUUUUUAUCCAUAACACCUACACAUAUAAACACCAUCUCACGUACACAGAUACAGUGUGUAUAUUUAUGUAAGAAAGAAAGAGAUAAUGAAUUUUUAUGCCCAAUAUUGUCAUUUUCAGCUCUACAAUUCAGUUUUGUAUAGAUACCACACUUGUCUAUUGUGCUUUUUUCCCAAUCGGAAACGAUUAUUACCAAAUCAUGCACAUACCAGAAAUGGCCCGUGAAACCUGCUCGCUCUAAUAGCUGGUAUUUGUGCUAAGUGAGUUUCUACAUUACCAUCAGUUUUUACUCAUUUAUUAAUUUCUAUAAUUUUGUUUUUCAAAUCAAUUUAUUUGUUAUUCGUGUAUGUUACUGUCUCCCAUCGCUCAUUGCUUUUGUGUGUAUAUUGAAAUAUGACAGUCGAAACAAUCUUAUUUAUUUGUCCACAGAAAAAAAAUCUCAGAAAUGUGACUUAUUUCUGUUAGAUUUUCACUUUUCUCUUGUUUGCCGAUUAAUUUAUUUAUUAAUCCCUCUCCUUCAAACAUAUUCUUCUUCUGUGCUAACUCUUCUUCUUCUUGGUUGUUUCUUUAUUUAUAUAUAUUCAUGCAAGAUGAUCUCUAAUUGUUAUCUGUAUUUGAUCAUUGAUUAUUUAUUUAUUAUUAUUAUUACUGUAUGUAUAUCAAAGAGAGAAACCUGUAGACAGAGAAGGAUAGAUAGAGAGAGUUUAGGGCAGUUUGUACAUAAAUAAUUAGCGUGAAACUAUACGAUCUCAAUUUUGCUUAUUUCACCAAUCGUUUAACUAUUCUUCUCUUUUGAUAAUUUUAAAAGAGAAUGUUCAAUUUAUUUGUUCGAUUUUUUUGUUCUAUGUAUUUAUAUUCGCUUAAAUUCCUUUGAAAUGUUGUCAUUGUUUGGUUGUUGUGUUUUUUUCUUUUUACAUGCCUUGGUAAAUGUAUGUAUAUGAUUUUCUCAAUAGUUUCUUUUGAUUGGGUUAGUUUUAUGAUCCCGUGCUCUUUUACCUUUCUCAUGUUUUAUGUUACUUUUCACCGUACACAAAUGUCGAAAUCCAUUUCUAUGAUUAUUUUUUACACAUAUACAAAAUAUAUGUUUACAUAUUUGUCAUUUUUAUAAUUAUUUAACUAGUUUUUAUUUGGUGUUUUCUUCUCAACAAAUAAUAACCGACCCACCUAGUCUUUGUCCCUGAAUUAUUUCACUUAUACAUUACUUACUCAUUAGUAUCAACCUUUAUUGCUGUCGUUUGCACAUUUUAUUGUUGAAACUAUUAUUGUAUAUGUGUGACGACGUUAAACUAAUAAUAACAGCACACAUUUCUUUGUUUCUGUACAGUUUUCAUUUUUGUUUUUCAUAUAAAAAUCUUUUUAUGAUUUCUUCCCUAUUCCUCCUGCUCCUUCUAUUAGCGAUCAUCAACUGGGGUUGUUUUGUUUGUUUUCUUUUUACCCAAUCGUUCCACAUCACAACAUCUUACAUACAAUGUUAAAACUUUUACAGUCCUCGAUUUAUUGAAUUUCCAAGAAAAUAUGAAAAUAAGAGAGUGAAAAAAAAUUUAGGCGCAACAUUCUUACCUCUCCCAUCCUCUUCCUCUCUCUCUCUCUCUCCCUACAAUUUUAUGUGCCAUUUAUUUUUUAAUAUUACUGUUUCAUUACUGGUAUUGUUUGUUUGUGUUUUGUUUUUAAAUAAUUAUUGUUAUGACUUUUAUCGUAUAUAUAUAUAUAUAUAUAUAU